CCACUGCAAAGCAAGGCACCUGCCACUGAAUAGCGGAGCUGUGACGAACGGAAAGCGCGGAGUUAAGGCUGGCUGGCUGGCUGGCUUGAAUCCUGAAGCACUCCAUAACUACUGACGGAGUAACCAACUAGAGGUUGCUGUCAAGCUGUAACUAAUCUGCACCCUUGCUCUCCGCCUCAUUCUUCUCCUCCUCCUCCCCCCCCCAAAGCUCCUCCUUGUCUUUCAUUUACCCGUGCUCUAAUCACCAUCACAGAGCUACCAGAGCUGGUACACUUGUCCUCUCUAUCUUUCCAUCAUCUCUCCUCUUUCUCUCCCCUCAACCCCACCCCCCCCCUUUAUCUUCCUCGUGUCUUUUCUUUCGGAGCUGGUCUCACUCCAGGGGCCACUUUCAGUAUUUCCGGUCUUUGCGGCCACUUGGUUCUUUGGUGUCACUUUAACCCACAUGAUGAUGGAGCUUUCAUUGCUGGCUCUUUGAUUCAUCUAGCUCCCCAAUGAGUUCAUUCGGCAGCCUUCUCUUCGUUUAUGUCCUCGGCGGACUCACAUUCGUCCCUCUGCUCAUAUCGCUAUUGCUCCUCUAUGCCUACGUGACGGCAUCGUCCCCGUCCGCGCAGCAACCGUGCCAACCAGCACACGCCUCCCUGCAACGCGAUAACGAUGAUCAAUACAGCCUGAAGUCCGGUACCGAUGAGCUGGCAGAGAAAUUUCACCGCACGCAUGAUUCGGACGUGGCCGCCGGAUAUUUCGCAGUUUGUCGUGAAUAUGUCCCUGGUGGAGUCAACGGAAAGCCGCCGGAAAGAACCACCCCGGCGGGUGAGGUGAUCGCCGCGGAGAGCCCUAGCGUCUACCAAGCCAUGUAUAGAAGUUUAUUCGACCGCAAGCAAACUCCGACAAUUGAGCCCACUAAGCAUGUCACGAAGAAUGGAAAACGGGCACGCAAUGUAUUCUAUAUUGUGCUUCGGCACGGGCACUUGAUGCUCUACGAUAAUGCGAACCAGGUCGAAGUUCGAUACGUCAUUUCUCUCGCCCACCACGACGUGAGUAUCCAUGGCGGAGAGGGAGAAAUUCCCGAAGGAGAGCUAUGGUUGAGGAGGAACGCUAUCUGCCUGUCACGACGCUUGGAUUCAUUGGGCGACCUCGGAGGCCCGACGCCACCCUUCUUCUUGUUCUCGGAAAACUUGUCAGAGAAAGAGGACUUCUAUUUCGCCAUGCUCCAGAAUCAAUCCAGGUUGUGGAAUUCCUCGGAUAGUCCCCCGAAACAUCAGACUUUCGAGACUAAACACAUCGUGACGCUCGUUCAGCGGUUGCAUUCGUCCGAGGAACAGCUGCAAACCCGCUGGAUCAACGCGGUCCUGGGUCGGUUAUUUCUUGCAAUGUACAAGACGCCCGAAAUGGAGAACUUCAUCCGAAAGAAAAUCACUAAAAAGAUAUCCCGCGUCAACAAGCCAAAUUUCAUCAGCAAGAUUGGUCUACAAACAAUAGACAUGGGGGAAGGGGCCCCGUUCAUCAUCAAUCCAAGGCUCAAAGAUCUGACUGUUGAUGGCACCUGCUGUGUGGAGACGGAUGUGCAGUAUACCGGCAAUUUUCGUGUGCAGAUCUCGGCUACCGUGCGUAUCGAUUUGGGCCCUCGCUUCAAAGCCCGAGAAGUCGAUAUUGUGCUAGCUGUCGUUUUGAAAAAGCUUGAGGGGCAUUUACUCAUCAAGUUCAAACCCCCUCCGAGUAAUCGAAUCUGGAUUUCAUUUGAAACAAUGCCCAACAUGGAGAUGGAUAUCGAACCCAUUGUGAGCUCCAAGCAGAUUACGCUGGGUAUUAUUCUCCGUGCCAUUGAAAGCCGAAUCCGUGAGGUAGUCGCAGAAAGCUGUGUCUUGCCAUUUUGGGAUGAUAUACCAUUCCUGGACACUCAGCCCCAGCGCUUCCGUGGUGGGAUCUGGCAGAGAGAUAUCCCAAAACCAGACGAGAAGGCAGAUAUUCCCGAUGAGUCUGGAGCGCAGCCUCCAAUGUCUAACGGUGUCUCCGAUCAGUCCAUCGAGAUACUGAAGAUGAAGGAUGAACGCACGAUGAGCGCGCCUGCGCUAGGAGAAUCGAGUACACCUACACUUAAGGCCCGCAAAACGCCAAAGACCUCUAGUGAGGAUUCCAACGAGAAAGGCGGUCCAAGCGCUUUGAGUUCUGCUAUAGAGAAGUUGGGUUCUUCGCCACCAAGAGCCAUCCGCUCCCAGACCUUCUCCAACGCCGCGGAUCCCGUGGUCACUGCCGAUCAUGUUGGAUUUGACCGAGUAUCCCCUGAAAUCAAAGCAGAAGAAAAGACCAAUGCAACCAGCACCAUGAUUGAGAUCUCUGCCCGCUCCCCUCCUGGGUCUCCAGCAAGGACACCCGGCAGCUCACCUCCCACUGAUAGUCAACUUGUCGCGAAUAGUGCUUCCCAGAGCCGAGAGCCCUCCAUCGUUGAAUCUGUUGACAGCAGUCGCGAGUCGUAUGGUGACUUGCCCACGCGACCCCCUUCGAUUUACCCUGGUAGUGAGGCGUCGAUGAAUUUAGACAAUCCGACGAACACUUCAACCACCUCCGUGAACAGCAACAAAUCGCGACGACGGAGCACGAUGGAGACUUUGACUCGAUCCCUUACGUCUGCAACGAACUCUGAUGCUAAGUCACCGGCUUCUCUGUCUUUCAACACGGCAACGUCUGUGGCCAAGAAAUGGGGAUGGCACGUGUUUGGCAAGGGUGAUUCCAGCUCCGGCCAGGAUGUAUCCCGUCCUGCUGGUACACCGGAGCAGCCCAUUGGCCGUGGCCACCCACUCCCACCCCCAGGCACACCGUUACCCCGGCCUGACAAGGUCAGUUACAGACGAACUGGAAGUUCGACUAUUGUCCCCAAACGUAAGCCGGUUGAUCACGCAUAUUUCCCCGAGCAUAAAUCGGAAAAGGAGAACCAUCGGCCGGUCCCGAAACCCCCUUUGCCACCCCGGCGAAAACCCGUGCAUUAUCCCGAGGAGGGUCAUAGCCGUCCCAAUGACCUGUUGGUGGUUGAGGCGCCAUACGAUUCGGGCCCCAACAGCCCAGUUGUUGACAUUACCCCGGAAGAGACGGUGGCAGCGGCACCGAAGGAAGUCAAGGAAAGCGAGGCAUCAUUGAAUCCGGUACCCGAUGAAGCACACAAUCAUGGCGGUUCCUUGGUGGCUGGACGAGCCCCUGAGACCAAACCAACCAAAGCAUGCUCCGUGGCGGACGACUCUGACCUUGGAAAGCACGGAAUGGAAUGGCUUUCAGCUACAGACGGGCUCAUUCCUUGACAUUAGGCAGAAGAUGAAUGGUAGGGUGUUGUUUAUCCUUGUAUCUGAAUUAGAGUACUCACCUUGGGUGACUUUGCUGCCAUUCUUCCCCUCAGCUGGUUCUUUGAGCGCGCAAGUCGCAAGGCAACAUGGGGCGUUAUGAAUCGAACAUCUGGGCGUAUGGAAUCUGAAUAGGCUUUAGUCUUUGAAUGAAGAGAGAGAGAUGAAGAACGACU